AUGAGGACUGCAAUUAAGGAUAACAAAAAUUCAAGCUCUAUUAACAAGUUAAGGUUUGAAGUUCAUCAGAGUCAGGUCUCUCAAGAGCACAGCACUUCCAAUGUGAGAGAAAAACUUCAGAAUGGUGGAAACAUCAGCACUAAUAAACCAGUUGUAGAGGGAUACCUGAGAACUACAAGGGCUCUUGGACAUCACAGAGCUCCAGUAAAAAGAACAUGUGUUAUAUCUGUACUUCAUACUGCAUCUGUCCCUAUCAAUGUUACUUGCCAGUUUCUUAUUUUGACUUCUAAUGGGCUUUGAGGGGUUCUGGAUUACCUAAAGUACUUGCACCAACUCUUAACAUCCACUCAUUACUUGAGAAUGCAUGAAUGCUGUUCAACAAAAGAGGACACCGUGUCUCAGUAUCUAGUAUCCCUCACUGGAGACAACUUAACUGACUCAAAAACUAUUAAUCAUCUGCAAGAUAGAAUACAGCUAUUUUAUUCCAACCAAAGUAUUUUUCAGUGUGACUCAAAAGGCAACCUGAAACAAAAUCAGUGAAAAUGUUCCAGGAAGAAUUAUAGGCAUAGCAAAAAUUGAAUUCUUAAUAAGGAAACCAACGACCACAAAAAUCAACCUAAUCCAGGACUGUCUCUUUUUAGUAACAAUGAAGUAAAUUCAAAGAACAGAGAUACACUGUUCCAAUUCUAAACACAAGGUGACUCUGAAGAACUCAGUUUGAUGACAGAAAAUUUUAUCCAAGUUUUCAUCCACAGUGAGACUUCAGAACAAGAAGAAACCAACACUUUCUGUGCAAUAGGUCCAAGUCACAGCUAUAAACAGCUGCAAGAGAAUGUGCUGGCAUCAAGGUCUAAAGCAACGAAAAUGCCCUCAAAAUAGACAAAACCAUGCCAUAAUUCUGACUCAAAUACACAGCUGGCAGAAAAAAAUGGACUCCAAUUAAUUUGGUGACAAACUGCAGGUGAUGUUGGUCAAGAACUGCAAAAGACUGCAUCACCACUGGGUUCUAAACCACCACCACAGUUUGAAAAAGACACAAAAAUGUACCAAAUCAAUUGCAAAUCACAAGCUGGAGGAGACAGAGUCAGCUCAGAGACACUGCAAUGCAACAAGUCACCUUGUGAACAACUGGCAAAGACUGCAUUAGCUGCAGGUUCAAGAGACAAUAUUACUAUUUUGAUCAUACUUCUAAAUGGAUGCGAUAAGAUACCCAAUUACCUCAACAUUUAA